UCUCUCUCUCUCUCACGAUCUCUCUCUCUCUCUCUCUCUCUCAAGAAAGACAUGGAACAUAAUCUGCCCAUGACGUCUAAGAAGAUAUGGAACAUAGUACGCGGGGUGUUCUACAUGAUGAGGAAAGGGAUGUCCAAGAGGAGGAUCAUGGCGGAUCUCCACAUGAUGAUGAAGCGCGGCAAGAUCGCCGGCAAGGCCAUCGGCAACCUCAUGUUCUCCCACAACCACCACCACCCCGCCGCGUCCGGCCGCCGCUCCCACGACAGUCGCUCCUCGUCCUCCUCGUCCUCGGCAGCGGGGUCGCUCGAGUACGAGUUCAGCUGCAGCAACAGCCCCGCCUUCCCUUUCCACCUCCCCAGCCUCCACGCCCACAAGCGCAAGUGCAACCAGCUGAACCACCACCUCCACAACCUCUUCAUGUGCGUUCACCCGCCCCCGACCCAGGACGACGACGCCGACGCCGUCGUGGGCGCGUUCAACUUCGACAAGGCGAUAAUGGAGAUGCUGAGCAGCCAGAGGGACGCGGUGGAGGCGUCGCCCAUGCUGCCGGGGUUCGGCCGGACCCCGCUGGUGCGGCCGCUGAGGAUCACGGACUCCCCCUUCCCGUUGAAGGAGGAUGAGGGGGAGGAGGACCCCCGCGUGGACAAGGAGGCGGCGGAGUUCAUACAGCAGUUCUACAAGAAGCUGAGGCAGGAAGAGGGAAUGGACGGUUGAAAUAACCAUGCCCAUGCAUAGAAACUUUGUCGAGUAAUUAUUCGCUUUUUUUUUUUUAAAUAUUCUGUGCAGUUGAUUCUAGUUAAUGUUUGUGGGGGGCGUGCCCGAAAACUCUCUUCGACGAAGACGAUGUUCUUGUCGUUGAUAAGAACAAUAUCGAGAGAUUUAACUUGCAUGAACAUCUGUGUCCUGCCUACUAAUUUUUCUUCCUCUUUGUUUGUUAAGAAGCUUGUGGAAACAAGUAGUGUAUAUUCAAAAGAA